AGUGAGCCAGUCGCGCCUGUAGAUCACACAUAUAUUCGUACACACACGCACGGACGGAACACUACAGUAGAACAACUUUUGACGCUUUUUUAUCUGCUGCCUUAAUGUGAAGAAGCCACGACAACACUCAACAAAAAGCUGACCGUUUUUGGUGCCUGGCCUGCCAGCGGGGAUGUCCAGAGCCACGAGAUCAGCCUCUCGGUCUCCCAGCCCUUCGAGAUCCCAUUCCCGAUCUCGCUCCAGAUCCCGGUCCACCUCGCAGUCUCGAAGAAGUCAUUCGCGAUCUCGCUCCAGGAGACAUCGUUACAGCUCUAGGUCUCGGUCUCGAUCACGGUCCCGGUCAAGAUCUCAAUCUCCACUAUAUUACCGUGACAAGAAAUACCAAAACAGCCGGGAGUUCCGGGGCUACCACCGCGGAUUCCGGAGGCCAUACAACUUCCGAGGCAGAGGACGGGGCUUUUUCCCCCGCGGACGAUACCAGCGUGGUGGUGGUGGUGGUGGGAGAGGCUACAAUAACAACAAUAAUUUCCGUAACAACUGGAAAAAUCACAAGCAGAACCCCCAGAAGCAGCAAAAGCAGCAGCCACAAAACCAGUCCCGAGGGCGACCCUACAUUCAUAAAUUCUCCGGAAGCCCCCCUCCUCCCGGACACUCCCGCCACUCCGAUCGAUCCCUUUCUCCGUUAUCCAGGCAAUCCCAACAUUCUAACGCUUCCUCUCACGGCUCUUCUCCCAAAGCCCCUUUAGUGGCUAAUCAGAGUUCCAACAAUGUUAAGGAGGAGCUCUUGACCUCCAAGGAGGUCCAGAAAGAAGGGACAGAUGGAGAGAAAACAGAGGUGGGAGAUGCCCAAGAGGGUCAAAACAGUGGGACAACCCAGGGGGGCUGGCAAGUCUUGAUGGAAUGCAACAGAAGUCCAAAGAAAGCCAGUCCAGAAAAUCAUGCUGUCAAUGUUCAAAACAGUCAAACCUCAAACGAGGCCGGUACCUCGCUACAGACCGUGAAUGACACCAGCAAUGGUGCCCCCUCGUGGGAGACGAUGUGUAAUGCAACUUCUACAAAAAAGUUUUCACAGGAAGCGCUAAACCAAAUGCUUUCCAGCCUUGACGUCUUCAAGAGCGAAGAAUGUUCGGAUGGAGAUAAAAUGGCCAUCUCCAUUGCUUUCAGAAAGUUUUUGAAGGAGCACAAUAAAAAACCCAAACCCACUUGGGAAAACAGGAGAACACAGGCAGAUACUGUAGAGGAGGAUCAAGUCAAUAUAAACGGCCCAGCACCUGCAGGUGUCGCUGAGUUGCCGUCAAAGCGCUACAAAGAAGACCUAAAUGGCAAAGUGCCUUUAGACCAUUUGUUGAAGGAUUGUCCUUCUCUGUCUGAUGAGGAACGGAUGCUCCCCAAGCCUCAUUCAAAGUCUCUUAACAAAGACAGGCACAACGGGGAUGUCCACAACUCUAAUCCAAAGGUUGUUCAUCCUGCCAGAGAGCCGUUUGACGAGUGCUAUGAGAGAUGGCAAAAUGUGGCCUCCGCACAGGAGGAACCUGACGCCAUGGGAGAGGAGAUGUACACCGCUCUUAAAUCAGCUGCUGUCGCUCGGCGGGAAAUGGUGGGCACUUUUGAGGAGCUUGGUUGCAAACCCAGGAAAAUGUCAGAUUCUCCCUCCAUGCUACCGAUGAGGCGGAACUCUGACAGGGAGAUGUUUAUGAUGAAUGCAGAGGACUCAUCGCUGUUGUCCUUGAGAAAACCGGAGACCAAGAUUAAUGUCAGAAUGGAUUUCCUCGGCGACAGCUUGAUAGGCACUUCAGAGAUUUUAGCUCAAGAGCGACAGUUGUCUCAGGACUUGGUGCAAUCUUCAAAGAGGGGCCAGGAGUUCCGCUCUAUCUUUCAACACGUUCAAGCUGCUCCGAUGCAGAGAAGUCCCUCCGAGCUGUUUGCUCAGCACAUUGUGGCCAUCCUGCACCAUAUCAGAGCUCAGCACUUUGCGUCGUCCCGAAUGACUCUUAACGAGCGAUUCACUGUGUACCAAAGACAAGCUGCAGAGAAGGAGAGCAUGAAGCCUAGAAAAAGCCCAGAGAUUCACAGGAGAAUUGAUGUCUCACCAAGUGCUUUUAAGAAACACUCUCAGGUUUUUGAGGCAAUGAAAAGCUCAGAGGAUGGCACUAACAAGGAUGUCUGGGAAAAAACAAAGGGCGACCUGAUGGACCUGCGUUUGGAUAUCGAACGGCGUAAGAAAUAUUCCAGCCGAGAAAUAGAUUACGAACAUGAUGGGUUUGGAGAUUCCCCAGACACUAGUCGAGAGAGAUCUGAGGAACAUUUCUCAAAGAAAUCAAAGAUCAAUGAGAGCAAGUGCUCUCGCUCCAGGUCGUCCUCGUCGUCGUCGUCCUCUAAGUCCCACAUGGAUGAUUUGCCCAAGCCCAAGCCCGAGCUCAAAAACGAUGGCUUUAACAGGGCUCGGCUGGCUCCGACCGAGACGCCAGCGGCGAAAGAAGCGCCGUGGAGAGGAUUUCAAGUCCGAUUUCGCGGGAGGGGCUGGAAGAGUGGCAACGACCAGGGAGACUCCAAUCCAGACCUGCCAGUAGCACCCACGAACCAAGACUGUGAUCAGGGAUGUCCCCCAAAGAGCAGAAAAUACUACUUGCAUGAUGACAGAGAUGGCGAGGUAGAAGCAAGCAAGUGGACGGACAAUCAAGGCGGGCACGGACGUGGCGGGGGCGGCUUCUCACGUGGACGGGCAAGGUUUCUCAUACGGAAAACCAAUGAUGGGGGGCCGAACAUCAGCUGGGCCCAAGAUAAGUUCCUGGUCAACGACAUGCGGGAGGACCAGAUGGAACAGGACCAGAAAGACAGAAAUACUUGAUCGUCAACACCUUAAGAGAUCGUCUUCUUAUGGGAUCUGAUUUGUAUCCACGUGAAUAUUCGACAAUGGCAGAUGUAACUACUUACGAGAUGUUACUUUAUAGUCAUAACACAGUGGACUACUAUUUCACCUACUGUACCUUCUCUGGUUAUAGCCAUGCUUUACAAAAUGACUGGUGGACUUUUUGGAGUGUCAGUUGAAAAAAAGAAAAUCACAUUUUUACCUUAAACUUUUCAAACUGACUCGAGGCUUUUAAAAUCAAAUGCCUGCAUGAGCUAUGAAAAAAAGUGCUUCUUGUGGUUGGGUUUCAAGCAGUGGCGGGUCUUCAAUGGGGGACUUACCUGACUUAAUCCACCACUUAAUACGUGUUUAAUUCAUUCAUUCAUCAAUUCACGUUGCAAUAUUCGAAAGCAUCAAUACUAUACAAAAAUGUCAGAUAACGUCCCACAUGUACAUUAUUUAGAGCAGUUCACAAUCAAUAUUUAUAUACUAAGAUGACAAAAACAUUAUUGAUAAACUAUAGACACAUCAGAGAGGCCGAUUAUUAAAAGUAUUAAGGUGUGCAGAUAGCUACAGACAUGCAUUGCUCAUCAAAUCUGGCUUUCUCUGACCAACCAAUCAGAGGUCUGAACAAUGUUGACGUUAUUGUAAGGCAGUUAGCUGUCCCUCUGAGGCAAAUUUGAAAUCUGAUUGGUUGAAGAAAUUGCCGAUAUAUUUUAAGGAAAAUCGGCCAUCACGACUGAUUCUGAAGACCCUGGGCAGAUAGGUUUGACAUGGCAACACAUAAAGGCUCAAAUAUGGCUGGACAAAAAAAAUAAUAAUCUAACAUCCACGUACACUGUACACAUACAAGAAGCAGCCAAGAAUAAUGCUUUUAAAUGAAGAAAAUAUGGAAUAAAUGGCUAAAAUUUUAUUAAUAGAUAAUAAUUAGAUUAUCCAUCCAUCCAUUUUCUGAGCCGCGUCUGUCUCCUCACUAGGGUCGCGGACGUGCUGGAGCCUAUCCCAGCUGUCAUCGGGCAGGAGGUGGGGUACACCCUGAACUGGUUGCCAGCCAAUCGCAGGGCACAUACAAACAAACAACCAUUCGCACUCACAUUCACACCUACGGGCAAUAUUACAAUUUAGGUUGUAGGUGAAUGCUUCUGAUAGGUCAGCAAAAAAGGCCAUGCUCUCCCUCACAGGUUACCACUGCACUUCUCAAAAUGGCUUAUGGACUUUUUCAAAAUCACUUUUGUACCUUAAACAUUUGAAAUUGUUUGACCUUUUAUGCUUCUUUGUAGUUAAUAGUUGUGUCACCUUGGGAUUCAAAGGCACUUAAGGACACUUUUGACCUUGAUCUGACAAAGGGACCAAACUGUAAAGGGUCAUCAAAAAGUCAGGUCGGAUUUACAGGAGCAUGAAGCAAACUACCUGGACUUUUAUGUGGCUGUUCACAUUUUGAAUUUCUGUUGUUCACAAUAGGAGCUUUAGCAAGCUACAACCCCAAUUCCAAUGAAGUUGGAACGUUGUGUUAAACAUAAAUAAAAACAGAAUACAAUGAUUUGAAAAUCAUGUUCAACCUAUAUUUAAUUGAAAACACUACAAAGACAAGAUAUUUAAUGUUCAAACUGAUAAACUUGAUUGUUUUUAGCAAAUAAUCAUUAACUUAUAAUUUUAUGGCUGCAACACGUUCCAAAAAAUUUGGGACUGGUGGCAAAAAAGACUGAAAAGUUGAGGAAUGCUCAUCAAACACCUGUUUGGAACAUCCCACAGGUGAACAGGCUAAUUGGGAACAGGUGGGUGCCAUGAUUGGGUAUAAAAGGAGCUUCCCUGACUUACUCAGUCAUUCACAAGCAAAGAUGGGGCGAGGUUCACCUCUUUGUGAACAAGUGCAGUUUAAGGACAGUGUUCCUCAACGUACAAUUGCAAGGAAUUUAGGGAUUUCAUCAUCUAUGGUCCAUAACAUCAAAAGGUUCAGAGAAUCUGGAGUAAUCACUGCAUGUAAGCGGCAAGGCCGAAAACCAACAUUGAAUGCCCGUGACCUUCGAUCCCUCAGACGGCACUGCAUAAAAAAAAAACGACAUCAAUGUGUAAAGGAUAUCACCACAUGGGCUCGGGAACACGUCAGAAAACCAAUGUCGGUAAAUGUAGUUCGGCGCUACAUCCGUAAGUGCAACUUGAAACUCUACUAUGCAAAGCAGAAGCCAUUUAUCAACAACACCCAGAAACGCUGUCGGCUUCUGUGGGUCCGAGCUCAUCUAAGAUGGACUGAUGCAAAGUGGAAAAGUGUUCUGUGGUCCGACGAGUCCGCAUUUCAAAUUGUUUUUGGAAAUUGUGCACGUUGUGUCCUUCGGGCCAAAGAGGAAAAGAACCAUUCGGACUGUUAUGGACGCAAAGUUCAAAAGCCAGCAUCUGUGAUGGUAUGAGGCUGUGUUAGUGCCAAUGGCAUGGGUAAAUUACACAUCUGUGAAGGCACCAUUAAUGCUGAAAGGUACAUACAGGUCUUGUAGAAACAUAUGCUGCCAUCCAAGCAAAGUCUUUUUCACGGACGCCCCUGCUUAUUUCAGCAAGACAAUGCCAAACAACAUUCCGCAUGUGUUACAACAGCGUGGCUUCGUAGUAAAAGAGUGCGGGUACUAGACUGGCCUGCCUGCAGUCCAGACCUGUCUCCCGUUGAAAAUGUGUGGCGCAUUAUGAAGCAUAAAAUAUGACAAUGGAGACCCCGGACUGUUGAACAGCUGAAACUGUACAUCAAGCAAGAAUGGGAAAGAAUUCCACCUACAAAGCUUCAACAAUUAGUGUCCUCAGUUCCCAAACAUUUAUUGAAUGUUGUUAAAAGAAAAGGUGAUGUAACACAGUGGUAAACAUGACCCUGUCCCAACGUUUUGGGAACAUGUUGCAGCCAUAAAAUUCUAAGUUAAUGAUUAUUUGCUAAAAACAAUAAAGUUUAUCAGUUUGAACAUUGAAUAUAUUGUCUUUUUAGUGUAUUCAACAAUUAAAUAUAGGUUGAACAUUAUUUGCAAAUCACUGUUUUCUGUUUCUAUUUAUGUUUAACACAACGUCCCGACUUCAUUCGAAUUGGGGUUGUAGAUGUUGGAAAACAAUUAUUAACAUAUAUCUAAAUAUAAAAUUAGUUUGAAGUUUUGUGUUCGUUAAGCAGGAUUUACAUUUGGUUAAGGUAUAAUUUGCAUCUUUAAACAUUUCUCAAGCCAGUUAAUGUGACAUUGUGUGCUUAUGUGUCAACAUUACCCAGUCAAAUUUUUUAUACUUACAGAAACUGUAAGAACGUUUCACACAAAUUAGUAGUUUUUUUUGCUGAAGUAUCUUAAAAACACAAAUAAUUAGUUUACGCCUGUUUGUGUACAUGAGCAGACUCUGGCCUCCACAGUAUACACAGGGUGUAUACAUGAAAUAAGGUUAUGGUAUUUAUAAGAACUUUUAAAGAUGAUUAAAAAGUUGGGGGGAAUAGUCUGCAUGGAGGUCAGCUACAGUAUAUGUAAAAAUGAAAGUUAGUAAUAUUUGUGUUCACCUGGUGUGCCUGCUUGUGUUACGCUUGAGCUAACUGGCUCGAUAAUAAUCGUUUUUUCAUGGGUGUUUCUUGUGUUCCGGAAGACUGUUUAAUUAAAUGGAACA